GGCGGCAGUUCCGGAGCGCGGCGUGCGGAGCGGAGCCGGACACAGCCAUGGGCAUCCUGGAGAAGAUCUCGGAGAUCGAGAAGGAGAUCGCCCGGACACAGAAGAACAAAGCCACCGAGUACCACCUUGGGCUGCUGAAGGCAAAGCUUGCCAAGUACAGAGCUCAGCUGCUGGAGCCAUCCAAGUCCUCGGCUGCCAAGGGAGAAGGCUUCGAUGUGAUGAAAUCCGGAGAUGCCCGCGUGGCACUGAUCGGUUUUCCUUCCGUGGGUAAGUCCACGUUUUUGAGCUUAAUGACCUCAACCGCCAGCGAAGCUGCCUCUUACGAGUUCACAACCCUGACGUGCAUCCCAGGAGUCAUAGAAUACAAAGGAGCCAACAUUCAGCUGCUGGAUCUGCCUGGCAUCAUCGAAGGAGCAGCACAAGGGAAGGGCAGAGGCCGGCAGGUGAUAGCUGUGGCCAGGACAGCAGACGUGGUUAUUAUGAUGCUGGAUGCCACGAAGGGUGAGGUACAGAGGGCCUUGCUGGAGAAAGAACUGGAAUCUGUAGGGAUCCGGCUGAACAAAAGCAAACCAAAUAUCUACUUCAAGCCGAAGAAAGGUGGGGGCAUCUCCUUCAACUCAACUGUCACGUUGACUCAGUGCUCGGAGAAGCUGGUGCAGCUCAUCCUCCAUGAAUACAAAAUCUUCAAUGCUGAAGUCCUGUUCAGAGAGGAUUGUUCUCCUGAUGAGUUCAUUGAUGUGAUUGUAGGCAACAGGGUCUACAUGCCGUGCCUCUAUGUUUAUAACAAGAUUGACCAGAUAUCCAUGGAGGAAGUGGAUCGUCUUGCUCGGCGGCCCCACAGUGUUGUCAUCAGCUGUGGCAUGAAACUGAACCUGGAUUACUUGCUGGAGAAGCUCUGGGAAUACCUGGCACUUACCUGCAUCUACACCAAGAAACGAGGACAGAGACCAGACUUUACAGAUGCCAUUAUUCUGCGGAAAGGGGCCUCCGUGGAGCAUGUGUGCCAUCGCAUCCACAGGUCGUUAGCCAGCCAGUUCAAAUAUGCAUUGGUGUGGGGGACAAGCACAAAAUACAGCCCUCAAAGAGUGGGCUUAACCCAUAUGAUGGAGCACGAAGACGUCAUUCAGAUCGUAAAGAAGUAACUCAUGGCUGGUGCUUGGCCUCAUCUUUGAUCACUACAAUUGGAACUGACCACAUAAAAGCAAAAGCAACCAAACAAAACAA